AUGGACCAGUCAUACGCUCCCCGGUCUCCCGAAGUGUCCGGAUACGCGCCUCGUUCUCCAGACUUGACCGCCUACCGACCAGUCUCUCCCCAGGCCCAGGACCUGUACGCUCCUCAAUCGCCCGAUCUUUCUGGUUUGCAGCCGCCUCAGCACCCUUACGCGCAGCAAACGUCUGUUCCUUCCGGCUUUGGCUUGGAUCAGCACCAACAACAACCGCUACAGCAGCACAUUCCUCAAGAAUAUUCUCCUCAACAGUCAGGUUACACGCUCGCCCACCACUCUCUGCAACACCCCUCGCAGUCAUUCUCUUCUGACCCCUACCAACAACACCAACUGGGCUUCGGUCAACAAUCCGCCUACCAACAGCAAUACCCUUCCUACCCCGAGAUGCCUGUCCAGACCCGUAACAGGGGUGUGCGCACGCCCGCCGAGGUCGGAAGCUACAACUACGACAAUGGCAAUGGCAAUAGCAACGUCAAAGAGGAGGAGCCUGCUUGGGAACAGCACCCACAACCCAUCGCACAGACACCCGCUCGCCGUGGUAGAAAGCCGAAAAGCGAGACUGGCAACGGUGCUGCUCCCCUUACCCCAAUGAAGAAGAUGGAUACCGGCGGUGUGGAGGUCAAGACAAAGUUCCCGACCGCAAGGAUAAAGCGCAUCAUGCAAGCCGACGAGGACGUGGGUAAAGUGGCUCAAGUAACCCCAGUCGUUAUGGGUAUGUCUUCCUAUUCCCUCUUUCUACCUUUUCCACUCGCUAACACACAAAACNNAGCUAAAGCCCUCGAACUCUUCAUGAUCCGCCUCAUCUCUGCCAGCUCCGGCGUCGCCAAACAGCGCGGCUCCAAGCGCGUCCUCUCGCAACACAUGAAGUCCGCCGUCAUGCAAGACGAACAAUUCGACAACCUGCGCGACAUUGUCGGCAGAGUGCCGGACGCCCCAGCCAGGGGUGCCAAUGGCGAUGACUCUGAAGACGAGGAAAGCGCUCCCAAAAAGGGCGCAGGCAGAGGAAGAAAGGCUGGCGCAGGAGCCGGCGGCGGCAGAGGAAAGAAGCGAAGAGACAGUGACGACUUGUGA